AGCCAGGCAUGGUCGUGCAUGUGCACAAUCUAGCACUCAGAAUAAGAUCAAAUGAUGAUGUAAGCCAGGCAUGGUCGUGCGUGUGCACAGUCCCAGCACUUAUAGGUUGAGGCGAAAGGAUUCUUACCAGUUCAUUUAUUCUUUUGGUGUGCAGAUCUGUGGCAUUAAUGUCAGUACCUUUACAGUUUUAUGCUGCUGUCACCUGUCACCACCCUCCCCUGUGCCGAGCCGAAGCCCUGAACCUGUUCAGCAUUUGCCAACAGUUCUGUCCCAACUUCAGGUUUUUGUGUUUGGCCUGCCCCAACCCCUGACUCCUCUGUAAGGAACAUCCUACAGAGGUUUUAUCUUUCUUGCACCCCUACCCCCGUGCUGGGAACUGAACUCAAGUCCUUUAGAUGAGCCACAAGGACUCUCAACCACUGAACUGUCUCUCCAGCCCAAGUCCCUGUUUUUUUGUCAGUACUGGUGGUUGAAGACAGGGCCUUAUACAUGCUAGGAAAGUGCUUGACCACUCUGCAGCAUCUCCAGCCCCUUGGGUUUUUUUUCCCCCCUCUUGGGGUAGGGAAUGGGGAGCUUGAACUUAGGAUCCUUCUGCACCUACUACCUGAGUGCUAGGGCUACAGGUUUGUCCACCACAUCUGGCUUAUGUGAUACUGCGGUCAAACCCAGGGCUUUGUGAGUGCUAGACAGGCUCUCUGCCAACUGAGCUACAUCCCAGCCCCAGAGCCUAGCUGUCUGUGCCUGACUUGUUAGACUUAGCAUCGUGUCCUCAGGGUCUGUGGAGUCCGGAUCCCCUCAGGGUGACAGUUUAGAAAGGUGUGGUUGUGGAAGCCUCCAGAGCAUCAUUGAACAACACAGGUGCUCUGGGCCAGCCCAUUUGUUGUCUCUCAGCAGCCACACAGAGUCACCCCAGAUUCCAUGGUGCUUGGAUUCUGGGUCACCCCAUUGUCUGCCAUGGUGUUUAGGUUCAGUUACGUGGGAGACCAUCUUUUUGAGGCCCCUCUGGUGGAAACCCUCUUUCUCCUUCCUCCAGACUCCUGGCAUCCUGCAGCGGAUGGGGACUGCAGAGGCACACUGGUCCAGCCUCCUGCCCAGCCAGUGAUAGAAAUUCACGCACACCCCUGGACACUGCCUGCCUUUCUUCCUCUGCUCUGCCCUUCCUAGAUGAACCCACUUCCGAGAGUCUCCUACCUGGGCUCCUAGAGGAACCUGCCCGUUGCCCCUGCCGCUCAUCAGCCUCAGAGAUUGAACUUGCCUCUUCCCAUAUGGAUCUUUCCCAGAUGUGAAAGUUCCUCCCUGGCACUACUGAAGCUAUAGACCAUAGCUAGUUGCUUGGGAACACUAGGUCAGCUCAGCACAGACCCUGCCAGAACAGAGAGAGCCCUUGUCUCCCCUGCUUCUCAGAGCAGGACUGUCAGGACUCUCCCCUACCCUGACUGACUUCGGUUAACUCAUGGUGUGCGUGGUCUUGUGUCUGGUGUAGGUAUUUGAACAGUACACACUUGGUCCUCCUUUCUCUUCUCAUCCUUGACCUUUGAGAAGCAUCUCGGCUCCACGAUGGCAGCGGAGACACUCAACUUUGGACCCGAGUGGCUGAGGGCUCUUUCGAGUGGUGGCAGUGUGACCUCUCCACCCCCAUCUCCUGCUAUGCCCAAAUACAAGCUAGCAGAUUACCGCUAUGGGCGAGAGGAGAUGCUGGCCCUCUAUGUCAAGGAGAACAAGGUCCCUGAGGAACUGCAGGACAAGGAGUUCGCUGCAGUGUUACAGGAGGAGCCACUGCAACCUCUGGCCCUGGAGCCUCUGACUGAGGAGGAGCAGAGAAACUUCUCCCUGUCAGUGAACAGUGUGGCUGUACUGAGGCUGAUGGGGAAAGGGGCUGGGCCCCCUUUGGCUGCCACCUCCCGUGGCAGGGGCAGCACACGGAGCCGAGGCCGUGGCCGUGGUGACAGCUGCUUUUACCAAAGAAGCAUCGAGGAAGGGGAUGGAGCCUUCGGACGCAAUCCCCGGGAAAUCCAGCGAAGCCAGAGCUGGGAUGACAGAGGUGAGAGGCGGUUUGAGAAGUCUGCAAGGAGGGAUGGAGCACGAUCUGGGUUUGAGGAGGGAGGGACUGGCCCCAGGAAGGAGCAUGCACGCUCAGACAGUGAGAACUGGCGCUCACUGCGAGAGGAGCAGGAGGAGGAUGGCAGCUGGAGACUCGGGGCAGGACCCCGGCGAGAUGGUGAUCGCUGGCGUUCCACCAGUCCUGAUGGUGGUCCCCGCUCUGCUGGCUGGCGGGAGCAUGGGGAGCGGAGGCGCAAGUUUGAUUUUGAUUUGCGAGGGGAUCGAGGAGGGUGUGGCGAAGAGGAUGGGCGGGUUGGGGGAGGCAGCUCUCACCUCCGGAGAUGCCGAGGGCUCGAUGGUUUUGAAGAUGACAAGGAUGGGCUCCCUGAGUGGUGCCUGGAUGAUGAAGAUGAGGAGAUGGGCACUUUUGAUGCCUCCGGGGCCUUCCUACCUCUCAAGAAGGGCCCCAAGGAACCUAUUCCUGAGGAGCAAGAGCUUGAUUUCCAGGGCCUGGAGGAAGAGGAGGAGGAGCCUUCAGAAGGGGUGGAUGAAGAGGGGCCUGAGGCAGGUGGGAAGGAGGUGACCCCAUUGCCUCCUCCUGAGAAACCUAGCUCCCCAUCUUCACUGCCUGCCUUGGGCCCUCUCUGGACGACAAGCGAGGAUGGUGAUGAGGCAGUGGAGAAAGAACUUCCACCAGCCGAAGGAGACGAGAUGAGGGGUCUGUCUCUGAGUCCUGGAGUCGGCUCGCCUCCUGGCCCCCCUGGAGAUCUAGAAGAUGAAGAAGGCUUGAAGCACCUGCAGCAGGAGGCAGAGAAGCUGGUAGCCUCCUUGCAGGACAGCUCCUUGGAGGAGGAACAGUUUACGGCCACCAUGCAGACCCAGGGCCUUCGCCACUCCACAGCUGCCACUGCCCUUCCCCUCAGCCAUGGCGCUGCCCGAAAGUGGUUCUACAAGGACCCACAGGGGGAGAUCCAAGGCCCCUUCACAACCCAGGAGAUGGCUGAGUGGUUCCAAGCUGGCUAUUUCUCCAUGUCACUCUUAGUGAAGAGGGGCUGUGAUGAGGGUUUCCAGCCUCUGGGAGAGGUGAUCAAGAUGUGGGGCCGCGUGCCCUUUGCCCCUGGGCCCUCGCCGCCCCCGCUGCUGGGGAACAUGGAUCAGGAGCGGCUGAAGAAGCAGCAGGAGUUGGCCGCCGCGGCCCUAUACCAGCAGCUGCAGCACCAGCACUUUCUGCAGCUGGUCGGCAGCCGCCAGCUUCCGCAGUGCACGACGCUCCGGGAAAAGGCAGCUAUGGGGGACCUGACGCCGCCGCAGCAGCAGCAGCUCACAACAUUCCUGCAGCAGCUCCAGGCUCUCAAAACCCCCAGGGGUGGGGACCAGAACCUGCUCCCGACGAUGAGCCGGUCCUUGUCGGUGCCGGAUUCAGGCCCCCUCUGGGACUUACAUACCUCAGCUUCAUCACAGUCAGGUGGUGAGGCCAGUCUUUGGGACAUACCAAUUAACUCUUCGACUCAGGGUCCAAUUCUAGAACAACUCCAGCUGCAACAUAAAUUUCAAGAGCGCAGAGAAGUGGAGCUCAGGGCGAAGCGGGAGGAAGAGGAGCGCAAACGCCGUGAGGAGAAGCGCCGCCAGCAGCAGCAGGAGGAGCAGAAGCGGCGGCAGGAGGAGGAGGAGCUCUUUCGACGCAAGCAGGUUCGGCAGCAGGAGCUGCUGCUGAAGCUGCUACAGCAGCAGCAGGCAACGAAUGUCCCCGUGCCCCCUGCACCGAGCUCCCCGCCCCCACUCUGGGCUGGCCUGGCCAAGCAGGGCCUGUCCAUGAAGACUCUGCUGGAGCUGCAGAUGGAAAGUGAGCGGCAGCUGCACAAGCAGCCGGCACCCCGGGAUCCUCUGCGGGCCCAAGCCCCCAACCACCGAGUGCAGCUUGGGGGCUUGGGCACUGCCCCUCUGAACCAGUGGGUGUCUGAGGCUGGGCCACUGUGGGGCGGGCCAGACAAGAGUGGGGGCAGCAACAGUGGCAGCCUGGGACUCUGGGAAGACACCCUCAAGAGUGGCGGGAACCUGGCCCGAAGCCUGGGCCUAAAGAACAGUCGGAGCAGCCCGUCUCUCAGUGACUCAUACAGCCACCUGUCAGGUCGCCCUGUUCGCAAAAAGACAGAAGAGGAAGAGAAGUUGCUGAAGCUGCUACAGGGCAUCCCUCGGCCCCAGGACGGCUUCACCCAGUGGUGUGAGCAGAUGCUACACACCCUCAGCACCACGGGCAGCCUGGAUGUGCCCAUGGCUGUAGCGAUCCUCAAGGAGGUGGAGUCCCCCUAUGAUGUCCAUGAUUAUAUCCGUUCCUGCCUGGGGGACACGCUGGAAGCCAAAGAAUUUGCCAAACAAUUCCUGGAGCGGAGGGCCAAGCAGAAAGCUAGUCAGCAGCGGCAGCAGCAACAGCAGCAGCAGCAGCAGCAGCAGGAGGCCUGGCUGAGCAGCACCUCCCUGCAGACAGCCUUUCAGGCCAACCACAGCACCAAACUGGGCCCUGGGGAGGGCAGCAAGGCCAAGAGGCGGGCGCUGAUGCUCCACUCGGACCCCAGCAUCUUGGGGUACUCCCUGCACGGCCCUUCUGGUGAGAUCGAGAGCGUGGAUGACUACUGACCAGCCUGUCCCACCAGCCCCCUGGGCUUUAGGCUUGGGUGGUGGCAGCGGUGACAUGGACCCUCGGGUCUCCAGCCUGCAGGCUCCCAACAAGGAGCAGAGGAGGAAGCAAGUGGGG